AUGGACAAAGGAUGGUGUCUUACACUUGAAAAUUCUGAUCCUGUUGGGUUUUUCACGAGCAAGCCAGAUUUGGGAUUUAAUUUGAGCCCAAGGUUAAAUGUUAAAGAGGGUAUCAAUACUAUGUUUCCGGUCAAUCUGAAUUGUAGAGAAGAACAUUCUACUUCGUCUCCGGCCGAUGAGAAACGGGUGGUUUUAGGAGAAGUAGACUUCUUUUCUGACAAGAAUAGGCCCAUCAAGGAUAUGGCUGUCAAAAAGGAAGAUUCACAUACUGAUACCGCAAGGGAACCUGAUGUUAACAUCGGUUUGCAACUUGUUACUACUAAUACUGGAAGUGAUCAAUCAAUGGUGGACGAUGGGGUUUCGUCUGAGGUUGAAGAUAAGCGAGCAAAAAAUGAGCUAACACAAAUAAAAGUUGAGCUUGAAAGAAUGAAUGCUGAAAAUCAAGGGCUAAGAGGGAUGCUAAGUCAGGUUAGCAGCAAUUAUAGUGCGUUGCAGAUGCAUCUCGCGGCAUUAAUGCAACAGCAGCAAAAUUCAACAGCACUUGAUAGAACACAAGAUCAUGAGAUCUUAGAUAGAAAAUCUCAAGAGAAGAAACAAGAAAAUGGAGGCGCAACAGUUCCAAGACAAUUCUUGGACUUAGGCCCUGCCAGGGAAAUUGAUGAACCGUCUAAUUCUUUAUCAGAAGAUAGAACAGCCUCUGGAUCACCUCACAAAAAGAUUGGCCGUGCUGAGAGUCCAGAAUCAGACAGUUGGGGUCCUAACAAGAUUCCCAAGUUGAAUCCCACAAAGCCGAUCGAUCAAUCCACUGAGGCUACCAUGAAGAAAGCUCGUGUUUCUGUUCGAGUCCGGUCAGAAGCUCCGAUGAUUUCUGAUGGAUGCCAAUGGAGAAAAUAUGGCCAAAAGAUGGCAAAAGGAAACCCAUGUCCACGAGCUUAUUAUCGUUGCACCAUGGCAGUCGGUUGUCCAGUGCGCAAACAAGUUCAAAGGUGCGCCGAAGACCAAACAGUCUUGACGACAACCUAUGAAGGAACCCAUAAUCAUCCACUGCCUCCGGCUGCCAUGGCCAUGGCGUCAACCACCUCGGCCGCAGCCAGUAUGCUUCUUUCAGGAUCUAUGCCAAGUGCAGAUGUUUUGAUGAAUCCCAAUUUUCUUGCAAGAACCAUUCUUCCUUAUUCAUCAAACAUGGCAACAAUUUCUGCCUCAACUCCUUUUCCUACAGUCACUUUAGACCUAACUCACAGUCCAAAUCCAUUACAAUUCCAAAGAGUACCCCCUACUCAAUACCAAGUCCCAUUCCCGGCCCCUCCUCAAAACUUCGCUUCAGUUCCAACCCCACAAAUGCCUCAGGUUUUUGGGCAAGCCCUGGUCAACCAGUCCAAGUUUUCGGGGCUACAAAGUUCUCAUAAUAUUGAACAAAUUCAGCCACCGCAGCACCACCAGUCCUUCGCUGAAACUCUAAGCGCCGCCACCGCAGCAAUCACGGCUGAUCCCAAUUUCACUGCCGCCCUUGCCGCGGCAAUCAGCUCCAUCAUGGGUGGCUCACGUCCAGAAAUUGGUAACACUACCAAUAACAAUACAAACUUAAAUACAAGCACUAGCAACAAGUCCAGCAGUUUCCCGGGGAAUUAA